CGGAAUCCUGGUCUGAGAACUCUUUUCAAUUUUUGCGGAAAAGCUUGAAGCAAGCGUUUUCGUUGGAGGCGUACGUUGUAAAACUGAAUAUUGUGAUAUGUAUUAUUAAUAACGUGUUAUUAUUGCUAUAAAAUAAUCACGUUUGUUUAAUUGCUUAGGGCAACGCUAUAAAUAAAAUUUAUCCCUUUUCUGACAGUUCAAUCUCGCAUCCAACUGAAGUUGCAGGUUAUACUACCUUUAUCAUUUUGAUUUUUGUACUAUUUUUGGCUCUGAAUUGAUUAGUAAUGGAAAGUAUGGACGUUGCACAAGAAGGCACGUCGGCUGCAUCCACGCCGAUUGUUGAAAAUGGGCCCGACAAAAAUGUUGCGGCGGAAGAAAUGACUUCGAGAGAUUAUUAUUUUGACUCUUACGCCCAUUUUGGUAUACACGAGGAGAUGCUAAAAGAUGAAGUACGUACUCUGACAUACAGAAACGCUAUGUACCACAACAAGCAUUUAUUCAAAGGCAAGACAGUCCUGGAUAUAGGAUGUGGGACUGGUAUUCUGUCAAUGUUUGCGGCAAAGGCAGGUGCAGCUAAAGUAAUUGCAGUGGAAUGUUCUAAUAUAGUGGACUAUGCUCGUAAGAUCAUAGAAGCUAACCGACUGGAUGAUGUCAUUGAAAUUGUAAAAGGGAAAGUGGAAGAAGUAGAAUUACCUGUUGAGAAGGUUGAUAUUAUUAUCUCUGAAUGGAUGGGAUACUGCCUGUUUUAUGAGAGUAUGCUAGAUACAGUACUAUAUGCUCGUGACAAGUGGCUCAAGUCAGAUGGCAUGCUUUUCCCUGACAGAUGCACAUUGUUUAUUUGUGGCAUUGAAGAUCGUCAGUACAAGGAUGAGAAAAUCAAUUGGUGGGACGAUGUUUAUGGUUUUGACAUGUCAUCUAUUAGGAAGGUUGCUAUCUCUGAGCCCCUUGUUGAUGUUGUGGAUGCAAAACAAGUGGUCACAAAUUCGUGUCUGUUGAAGGAAAUUGAUUUGUAUACUGUCAAAAAAGAGGAUCUCAACUUCGAGUCUAAGUUCCAUCUACAGGUACGCCGCAAUGAUUUCAUCCAGGCCUUAGUUACGUUCUUUAAUGUGGAGUUUACGAAAUCUCACAAGCGACUUGGAUUCAGCACAGCACCUGAAGCGCCAUACACACACUGGAAGCAAACAGUGUUCUACUUCGAUGAGUACAUGACGGUGAAGAAAGGCGAGGAGAUAACGGGCACUUUCUCUAUGAGACAAAACGCCCGCAACAACCGCGAUCUUGACUUCGAAGUUGAGAUCGAUUUCAAAGGUGAACUCUGUCAAGUUCUGGAGAAGAACCAUUAUCGAAUGCGCUGAGCGUUCGUCAUUCUCGCAGAGCCUACGUAUAUACCCCUUGAUACUUUACUGUUAACGCUAAAUCCUAAUAUGUAAUAACAUUUUUAUCACUACUUCCCGCUAUGGUUUAACAUUUGCAAGUGAACAGGCUUUCAUUGGUCCACUUGUAUUCCAAAAGUUAUGUCUAUUGUAGUCGGUAUAUGUAAAAUCAACGUAAUUAUAAUAUAGACGAUUGUGCAGUGCCUAAGCAGUUAGUGACCAACUAAAUUAUUAAAAAUAUUGAAUUGUCAGCAAAAUCAAAUGUUUACAAUGGAAUUAUAGUUGUGUUUAGUAUGUUAAGUAAGGAAUGCAAUAUGAUGUUUUUCAUGAACAAUUCAGUCCUACAAUCAUAUUAACAUAAAGGUUUUGAUGGAAGAUUAUCAAUUUUUUAUUUUCAAUAUUUUUUAUGCUGAGAUUUUUGUAUCUAUGAGAAAGAUGCCACAUUUAAGUUGUAUUACAGUAAAAAUAAUUUUAUGUUUCAAUAUUCGGCUGCUAACUAAUUCAGUGUCUCUGUAGCCUGUUUAUAUGCGGUGUUGUUUCUUUUAAGAAAUUGGCACAUUAAGUAUUAUAGUAUCACCUUAAGUUUUUAAUGAUAGUUUUCAUAUAACGAAUAUGUAAACGUUAACUAAAUGUAUCAAGAUGGUGGUUGCUGUGUUAUUAUUAUUAAGUAAAACUUAGGAUUUGAGCUCACUUUUCCUUUUCUGAAUUGCGGAAGGUAAUUUUUUAAAUGCUGAUUAUAGGAUGGAUGACCAAAAUACGCUUUUACAUAUAAGGCUGGGCGUAAAGACAAAAGAAAUAUAAGACUAAAUCCACGCGUCCGUCAAUGCGAUAAAUAGAUACAGAAGA